CCCGGCUCCGCCCCCAGGGCGCGCAGCGCUUCGACAGUCCAGGCUACUUUGAUGAGUUCUAGAAAAGGUGACUGGGACCGCCACCUCCUCCAGACAAUGAGAUUACCUGGGACCUUGGGGGCCUCAGCUCCAGGCCCCGGAGCUCUUGGAGAGGUAACGGUACAGGGUGAGCGUCCAGCCUCCCAACGCUGGGGGGCGCUGUGAGCUCUCAGUGACCUCCUGCGCAUCGGAAUACGAGGCGCAAGCGCACUCUCGGCUUUGAGCCGGCUUCGCACGUGGAAACCUUGUGGGCAAGUUUUUCCAGAAAAAAAAUGCCCAAAUUCAAGGUGGCCCGUGGGGCCGGGAAUCAGGAGAAGCAUGCGCCUUUGGCCGAGCAGAUUCUGGCUGGGAACGCAGUGCGCGCGGGAACCCGAGACAAACGGCGGGGACGCGGGGUCGAAGAGGAGGAAGAGUAUGUGGGACCCCGGCUGAGCAGACGGAUUUUGCAGCAAGCCCGGCAACAGCAGGAGGAGCUCGAGACGGAACAUGGGACCGGAGAGCGGCCGGCAAAACCGCGAGAGCGCGCCACGCGGCUGGGGCCAGGAGUGCCACAGGAUGGAUCUGAUGAUGAGGAUGAAGAGUGGCCUACCCUGGAGAAGGCAGCCAAAAUGACCGGGGUGGACCACCAAGCAGAGGUGGUCGUGGAUCCUGAAGAUGAACGUGCCAUUGAAAUGUUCAUGAACAAGAACCCUCCUGUCAGGCGCACCCUGGCUGAUAUCAUCAUGGAGAAGCUGACGGAGAAGCAGACAGAGGUGGAGACGGUCAUGUCGGAGGCAUCAGGCUUCCCCAUGCCUCAGCUGGAUCCCCGGGUCCUGGAAGUCUACAGAGGCGUUAGGGAGGUAUUAUCAAAGUACCGCAGUGGCAAACUGCCCAAGGCUUUUAAGAUCAUCCCUGCACUGUCCAACUGGGAGCAGAUCCUCUACGUCACUGAGCCUGAGGCCUGGACCGCAGCCGCCAUGUAUCAAGCCACCAGGAUUUUUGCCUCUAACCUGAAGGAACGUAUGGCUCAGCGCUUCUACAACCUGGUCCUGCUUCCCCGAGUACGAGAUGACAUUGCCGAGUACAAACGGCUCAACUUUCACCUCUACAUGGCACUCAAGAAGGCCCUGUUCAAGCCUGGAGCCUGGUUCAAAGGAAUCCUGAUCCCACUGUGUGAGUCUGGCACUUGUACCCUCCGCGAAGCCAUCAUCGUCGGCAGCAUCCUCACAAAGUGCUCCAUCCCCGUGUUGCACUCCAGUGCGGCCAUGCUCAAGAUUGCUGAGAUGGAAUACAGCGGUGCCAACAGCAUCUUCCUGCGCCUGCUGCUGGAUAAGAAGUACGCAUUGCCCUACCGGGUGCUAGAUGCCCUGGUCUUCCAUUUUCUGGGCUUCCGGACGGAGAAGCGCCAGCUUCCUGUGCUCUGGCACCAGUGCCUCCUGACAUUGGCACAACGCUACAAGGCUGACCUGGCCACAGACCAGAAAGAGGCCCUCCUAGAACUGCUCCGACUGCAGCCCCACCCACAGCUGUCCCCUGAAAUCAGGCGUGAGCUCCAGAGCGCAGUCCCCAGAGAUGUGGAAGAUGUGCCUGUCACCAUGGAAUGACAGGGCCACCUGUCAGGGGCCAGGGGCCGUGGGAGGACACCAGGUGGUGGCCCAAGGUGUAAAGACGGACCGGGGUCGAGGACUGAAGGGCCGCCGUGGAAUCUGCGACUCCAGUCCUGGGAGGGAGGGCUCAAUCCGGUUGGCUGUCUCUGCCAUUCUAGGCUGCGGUCCCCGUUCACUUCUGGAAUCCGCUUGCAGUUACCCCAGAUCAGCGCCCCAGCAACCCUGCUGGCACCUGGGGUAAGGGCUGCUGUCCAGUUACUGUGUGAGCUCACUGGGGUGUGGAUAAACAAAGGCCGUUAUUUAUUGGAGCUCUUGCAUUUUGGUACGGUCCCUGGAGGUUCUGCCUCCCCUUGUAGCCAGAGGUAGAAGUCAAGUGGCUCCUCGAGGCUUUUCCCUGUUCCCGCUUCAGAGGAGUGAGGUCUUAGUUUCCACAGAACCCUCACCCUACCCUUGAAUUCUACAAGGUUGUCUCUCUAGACUGUUUCUCUUGGUGUGUGUGUGUGUGUGUGUGUGUUCAUGCCCUGCCUACCCUCAAUGUGGUAUGGGCUACUUUGGGAACAUCAGCUUUUGUUGCCAUUGGGUUGUCUGUUGGGAAGGUGACAGUUCACUGUCAGGGAAGAUUAUAUUGCAAGAACGGCCCAUUCUCGAGGACAGUGACUCCACAGCAGUCAGAAAAGGUCAAAUGUAUUUUUCCUUCUAGCAACAGUUUGUCAGGUUGGCUGAUAGACAUGGUCAGGUGCCUGUGUCUGCCUCACUAAGGAGCAAAGAACAGCUGUUGGUUGGUCGGUUUGUUUUCUUGAGACAGAGUUUCCCUAUGUAGCCUUGGCUGUCCUGGAACUCAGCUCUGUAGACCAGGCUGGUCUGGGCUUGGAGAUCUGCUUCCCUGAGAUGGCUCAGCAGCUAAAACCUUGGUUUACAACCUUCAUAAUUUGUAAUGGUUUGGGGAAAUUUGCAUGGCAUUUUAGUUGCAGCCGGACAUGGAUCUGUUAAGUGUGAGGCCAACCAGAGCUAGCUAUUCAUUGAAGCCCUACUUCACAGGAAAAUAGAAAAGAAAUUCUUGGAACAUUGCAUCACAGCUGAGCGGCUUGAAGUCAUCCUGUUCUAUCAGUUUUUGCUUUUGAAAAAAUGCAUCUGUUAUAAUCCA